UAUAUAACAAUCCAUCCCAAAUAAUUCAACCAACACAAAAAACCAAAUCUUUGUAAAAGCACUAGCCUUCUUGAGCAAAUUAAAUUUUCAUAAUCUUAGCCAGAAAUUAAUUUCAAGAAUCAGGAUUGCAAGAUGAGUUCAACAAGCAGAGCAUGGAUAGCAGCAACUAGCGUGGGAGUAGUAGAGGCACUAAAAGAUCAAGGACUUUGUAGGUGGAAUUACACAAUCAGAGCCAUAAAUCAGCAUGUCAAGAACAAUAUAAGGUCAUAUUCACAAGCCAAGAAGCUCUCCUCCCAAUCUUCUCCUUUGGUUUCUACAAACAAAUUCGAAUUGAAGAAGCAAUCAGAGGAAUCUAUCAGAAAAGUCAUGUAUUUGAGCUGUUGGGGUCCUAAUUGAUCUAAUCCUAAUAGCACGUUAUAUUUAGUGUCAACUUUUUAUCUCAUAGUUUUUGACAAUAUUGUAAAAAGGAUAUUGAGAGCUUUGGCUAAAUUGCCAUUUCUGCAAUCCGAUUUCUGGAAAUUAUUAUUCAAUUGUGCUAUCUAA